AUGCACUUUUAAGGUUGAUGCCAACCGCUUAUAAAUACAAAACGAAGAAGACCGCGCCUUCGCGCAUUCUUUCCAGCGGUUCACGUUCUAAAGUCAUGGCAGAUCCAACUUUACGACAGAUCAGGAUCAAAACUGGCGUUGUGAAACGGUUAGCGAAAGAGGAAAAGAUGUACAUAACAGAGGCUCGUGAGCAGGAGGAGAAGAUUGAGCGUCUGAAAGCGGAGAGUGCAGAUGAAUAUGUUAUCAAGAAACAGAGGGAGGUGUUGCAGGAGUCCAACAUGAUGAUUCCAGACUGCCGCCGGCGUCUGGUCGUGGCACAUGCAGAGUUGCAGCAGUUAUUGGAAACAGAAGAGCAUCUGGCUGAAUCAGAGGAGUACAAAGAAGCUCGGAGUGUAUUGGACUCUGUGAAGCUUGAAGGAUGAUUUCUGUUUUCGUAUCUGAGAGUUAACGCUGAAAUGUUAAUUCCUUACGUUUGGCCUUGUUUGGGAAAAGUGGAGGCAAACUGAAUCACUGUGUCUCCUUUCUUAACUGUUUAAUGUACCACUUUAUUUCAACAUCAUGCUCAUGUGUGUCUGACCCCCAAAGGACUGUUUACAAUGCAGAGUUUCACAAAUGUGAUUAAACACUUGUUGGGGAUUGUUUCUCCAGUAAUAAUAUGGUUUUAAUGGUGAUUCCACUGCUGAAUUGA